AUGAAGCCUUUCGACCCGGCUUGCGAUCGCUGCCGCAUCCAGAAGAGAGGGUGUGAUCGCGUCAAACCAGGUACUGACACCCCACAGGUCCCGCAUAAGGCCCGAUGGUUAACCGCUCCUGUAGCAUGUCAGCGAUGCAUCAGCACAGGUUGGUCUGACUCCUGUUCCUACCGGACAGAGGAGCAGACUCCGUCGCAGACCCGGAAUCCCAAGCGCGUGAAGACGCAUCAUUCGCGGCCUUCUCCUAUGGUUGUGAUCAAAUCGCCAUCUGAUGUGGGAUCGUAUACAACCGAGGACUUCUCUAGUAGCUCUAGUAGCGCUGAUUCGGAUGACGAUGAUGACUCGCGGUCGGCCAAAGCAGUCUCGGAACAUGAUGGGCAACACGGUCCCAUCGUCAUCGAUUUGUCUUCAUCACCCUCAGAUGAAAGCUUUUAUACGGCUGUUCUGCCUCGAAAUUCUCCCUCUGCAACCCGCACCUCUGCAACUCGCAAUCGAGAGUCCCGAUCUUUCCAGCCAGCGGGACAGAAGGGGGAGAUUCAUGAGCAGAUAAGACAGCUGAUACAAGAUGGAAUCGGAGAAGGCUCUCCGUUGGCACGACGCGGCUUGGACCGCUCUAAUCGCCUUCUCUCUCUCGUCCACGAUCCAAAGUUCCGCCAGUCUUCCGAACAAAUAUCCCCCGAUCUCGCGGACCGUCUGGUGGCCGCCUAUCUGACUAAUGAGUAUGUGAAUCUGCCGAUUUUCGAUCUGGAGCAAUUCCGCUCGUCGUACAAUGCGAUCCGAAUAGGACGGAAUAUAGCCGCGGGGUCUACUCCGUUCCACGGCCUCCUGGUUACAAUCUUUAGUCUCUCCGGACUGAGCUGGCACGACGUCGGGGAGACGGAUAUUGCGUCCUUGUUUAAUUACGGGCAGUCGGUCUCUCAAGAUUUGGACUCUCGCAGCACGCCGUCGGAGCGAGCCCAAUCGUGUAUCCUACAGAGCCAGUAUCUCUAUGCGAGUGGAAGCCCAAGGGCGGCUUUGAUCUCUAUUAGUUUUGCGAUUCGAGUUGCACAGGUCCAAGGCUUGGAAGAUCGGACGCGCGAUCGACACGCCCGCCCGAGACGAGACCAAGAGCUGGUCCGAAGGAUCUGGCAUAGCGCCAUGCUUCUGGAGCGCAUGAUUGCGUUCCAAUUGCGACUAUCUCCACAAACUUCUCAAUCGCCUGGUGUGCCGCUGCCUACUCACAAGGACACCGACUACGCCGAUGUAAUUUCGAAGGAAAUUCCCUCACCCGACGAGGAGCGUGCAUCCAUCAUUGAUUUCUUGGCGGCCUGUGUUCGACUCUACGAACAUGUGGAAGGUAUCUUGACGUGGGAGGAGGAAACACAAAUGCGGCAGGGAAGCUGUGCUGCGAAAAAGCUACUCUGCUUAAACUUCAGCUCGUUUGUUCAUUUGGAUGGUACGUUGUACCAAUGGCAGACAUCCCUUUCUCCAUUACUGCAGAAGCCUGGGCGACCUACCCAUCCUAUAAUCCAUCGCCAGCGCAAUGUCCUCCGCGCGCGCUAUCUAUAUGUCCGCCUACGACUCUACCGGCCCCUUUUAAUAUUAGGACAGGCAGCCUGUGAGAAGUGCAGCUGCCAAGUCGGCAGCGACCCUCAUUUCGUGUUGAAGGAAUCCUCUCCCGAAUGUCCAAUCGCGCUCACCGUGGUCCGAGAUUCCUCUUUCAAGUGCAUUGCAGCGGCGCUGGAGCUUCUGAAUCUCUGUGAGCACGAGCAAGAAUCAAUGCCUCCCUGCUGGGAGAACCUAGACUAUCUAUACGUUUGCGGUACCAUUUUUCUCGCCGCCCAAUCUUGUCCUUUCGUCACCAAUGUUUCGCCCGAUCAGCCCGACCCGGAAGAGAUGGAAUUAUCGCUGAGUCGUGUCCUUACGCUUCUCGAAGGAUACCAAAGUAUGCAGUCCAGCGACCGCAUCUAUGACAUAGCGCAGCGGUGUCGACGUACCCUCGAAAGCGUAUCGGGAAUAAUCGAGGGGUCGGACGAGGCGGCCGUUUUCGACGAGGAUAACUCUCGUCGUAUCCUUGAGCGCAUGAAUAUAUGCUCCCCCAACAGUCAAGGCGAGAGUAUGCAAGAUGACUCUAGUCGACUGAAACUUUUUGGUUGGUUGAGCAGUUUGCCUAAUGAUUUAGCUGGGGAGUUGGAAUAA